AGAAUAAAAGAGGGGAAAGAACAGGAAAGAAGAAAGGCAUGCUUGCUUUUCAGGUAAAGCUGGACCGUAUGUCCGUUCAAACGAUACUAAGGCCCCUGAUCGCGAAAAUCUAAGACAGGGUUUGCACUUUUCCCGGUGAUCAAAGACAAGAUAUUUUGCGAAUUCAUGGGUUUUAGAGGAAUGGGUUCGCAUGAGCUACUUUGGAUUGGAAGGGUGCUUGUUCUUAUGUUAUUAGUUCAUGGGGUAAUUGGUUGGGGAAAGGAGGGUCAUUAUGCUGUUUGCAAGAUAGCUGAGGGAUAUCUUACUGAAGAUGCUUUGGCUACAGUAAAAGAACUGCUCCCUGAUUCAGCUAAAGGUGAGCUUGCAUCUGUAUGCUCCUGGCCUGAUGAUAUAAAGUGGUACUACAACUGGCACUGGACUAGUCCCUUACACUAUGUUGACACCCCAGAUUUAAAGUGUAACUAUGAAUACUGCCGUGACUGCCAUGAUCUUGCUGGACAUAAAAAUAUUUGCGUAACUGGAGCAAUUUUCAACUAUACAAGCCAACUCUUUUCAGCAUAUCAGGACUAUAAGCCCAAGUUGAAAUACAAUUUGACAGAGGCACUUAUGUUCUUAGCUCAUUUUAUGGGGGAUGUCCAUCAGCCAUUACAUGUUGGCUUCACAGGAGAUUUAGGUGGAAAUACAAUCACAGUCCGUUGGUAUCGUAGGAAGACAAAUCUACACCAUGUCUGGGAUACCAUGAUUAUUGAUUCUGCAGUGAAGACAUUCUAUGGAUCGGAUCUUGCAAUAAUGAUUCAAGCCAUCCAGAGGAAUAUUACAGAUGCUUGGUCCAAUGAUAUACCAUCAUGGGAAUAUUGUGGAUAUAAUCAUGCAGUUUGUCCUAACCUGUAUGCUUCUGAAAGUGUUGGGUUGGCAUGUAAGUUUGCAUACAGGAAUGCCACGCCUGGAAGCACCUUAGAAGAUGAUUAUUUCCUCUCUCGGUUGCCUAUUGUGGAGAAGAGGCUUGCUCAAGGUGGGAUUCGCCUUGCUGCAGUGCUCAACCGAAUAUUUACUUCUGAAGUGAAAAUUGCUCGAGCAUGAAGAUAGAUAACCUGAGAGUCAUCUGUAAAAUAUGAAGUAGGGACCGCUGUAGUAUCUUUCAUAGCUCAAACUGCUCAACACGAGACCUAUGUACCAACAUUAUUAAUCAUUUAUCCCCUUGUUAACUCUUUCAGGGCAAGAAAUGAUAAUGUACUUUAUGUUUA